CCCCCCCUCUCCGGCCGCCUCGUGUGCCCAGCGCGCUCAGGCAGACUUUUGCCUGGUCUGAAGCAAAAGGGUUUCCAGAAAAGUGCUUACAGGAAAUUAAUUUAAUCUUGCCAUGCCACCUCCAGCAGACACGGGUUUGGCCUAUACCCCUCCAGAUGGCCAAUGGGGAUGGGCAGUGGUCUUUGGAGCAUUCAUUUCCAUUGGAUUUUCAUAUGCUUUCCCGAAAGGAAUAGCAAUCUUCUUCAAAGAAAUCCAGGAUUUCUUUGGUACAUCAUACAGUGAGAUUGCAUGGGUUUCUUCAAUUAUGUUGGCUGCUACAUAUGGUGGAGGUAAGAACAAUGAGAAUGGAGGUAACAUUCCUCUUUUUUAUUCUCUCACUGUAGGACUUGGUCUUGCCCUGAACCUCCAGCCUUCAGUAAUCAUCAUUGGGAAGUAUUUCCUGAAAAGACGUCCCAUUGCAAAUGGACUUGCCAUGGCAGGAAGUCCUGUCAUGCUUUGCACCCUUGCACCCUUGAACCAGUUCCUUUUUGACACUUUUGGAUGGAGGGGGAGCUUUUUUAUUCUUGGCGCACUUCUGCUGAACUGCUGCGUAGCUGGAGCCCUCUUCAGACCAAUUGGACCAACUUCUGAGAGGCAGAAAAAUAAAGAAGCAAAAGGGGCCGUAAGAGAAAAAACUGAUGGAGGCAUUGCUGAAAUAGGGGAGAAGAAUAUGGAAACAAAGGAAGACAGAGAUUGUUGUGAAAACUUCAACAAGUUCCUUGACUUAUCGCUUUUUAAGCACAGAGGCUUCCUGAUCUAUCUGAUAGGGAACGUGCUGAUGUUUUUAGGAUUUUUUGCACCGAUUGUCUUUUUGGCUCCUUAUGCAAAGCACCGUGGGAUUGAUGAAUAUUCGGCAGCUUUUCUCCUUUCCAUUCUAGCAAUAGUUGACAUGAUAGCCAGGCCAGCUACUGGGCUCCUUGCAAAUAGCAAAUGGGUGAGGCCAAGAAUUCAGUAUUUUUUCAGCUUUUCCAUUGCUUUUAAUGGUGUUUGCCACCUGCUAUGCCCAUUGGCAACAAGUUACAUGGGCUUAGUCAUUUAUUCUAUCUUUUUUGGCCUGGCCUUUGGUAUGGUUUGUGCAAUGCUCUUUGAAACUCUCAUGGAUCUUGUUGGUGCCAGCCGUUUCACAAGUGCUGUAGGAUUAGUCACCAUAGUGGAAUGUUGCACCAUAUUACUUGGGCCACCUAUUGGGGGUACUCUUAUUGAUACCUUUGGAGACUACAAAUACAUGUUCAUUAAAUGCGGGGCAGUGAUGGUCUUGGCUGGGACAUUCCUCUUUGUUAUGAAUUACUACAACUACAGAAUGCUUGCAAAAGAAGAGAAGAAAAGGAUGAAGGAAGAUGGAGAAAAGAAAGAUAAUGAGGAUGCAAGGACAAAAGAGGGUGAAAGAAACGUAAAAGCAGUAGAAAAAAUCCAAGAUGUUAAUGAAACAGCUCUGAAGAAAGAGGAGAAUGGACUAAAGAAUGGGGCAAACCUUCCAACUGAACCUUAAAUCUAAUUCAAAGUUUUCUGAAUGGAAACUGUUCCUUAAAACAACUAAAAAUAUACAGGUAGUUCUCAACUUACAACCAUUUGUUUAAUUACCAUUCAGAGUUACGCCACUGAAUAAGUGACUUAUGAGUGGUUCUUACACAUCCCCACAGUCACGUGCUCAGAUUUCGGUUGCUUGGCAACCAUCACGUAUUUACAGUGGUUGCAGCAUCUCGGGGCCUUGUGAUUGUCACUGGCAACGAUUCCUAGGAAGCUUCUGACAAGCAAAGUCAGUGGGGGAAGCCAGAUCAAAAGAUUAAUAACCACAUGAUUCACUUAAAGAGUGUAAUGAUUAGCUUAACAAGCAUGGCAAAAAAAGGUUGUGAAGUGGGGCAUGACUCACUUAACAAUCGCCUUGCUUAGAAAUGAAAAUUUUGGGCUCAAUUGCGGUUAUAACUUGAGGACUACCUGUGGUAUGAAAUCAAAUUUUAAAAUAGUCACAUUUUAUAUGGUUACAUAAUUAUUUAGAGCUGGCUUUACAGUACUGCAAAUCUAAGCCUUAUCUUGUUUUUACUAAAGAACUGAGAGUAUACUUGUCCUAGCUGGUGAAAAAAAAAUAGGAUAAUUUAUACUUGAUUUUUUGACCUGUACUCCUGUUUCUAUUGUAGCAAAAAUAGAAAAGUAGAAAAAUGUUGUAUAAUAAAAAGUGCAAGAUUUUUUUCCUUUAAAAAAAAUGUAUAGCAACUCACAGCACUUUUUACACUGUAAGAUCCAAGAUUUGGUCUUCGACAUUCCAAUAAAAAAAAGCCAUGUCUGCAAAAAGUUUCCAUAAGAAGAAUCUCAGAGAAGUAAAAAAAAUUUUUUUUUUCUUUCCGGGUAUUUUUAUUUGCUUUGUAUUUGAAGGUAAUCUGGUACUACAUAGAAUAAAAUAGUGAGAUGUGCUUGCUGAAAGAGAACUCACAGAGACAUGUCCAGUUGCCUUUUCAGAAUAUUGAUAGGUCCAUUGAUUUGAACCAACACUCAGAGAUCAAAGCCUGCAAGAACUUAAUAUAAUGCACUUAUCUAAAAAAAAAGAACAAUAAUCAUACCUAAGCAUUAAGUUUACCAUUCCAUUUUACUUCUGACUUUAUCUGGUGGGUUUGGCAAAAUUAAAACCCUUCAAUAAACCCAUCAAUCAUAGUUGCAAAAAUAUCAGCGAGAUAGUUUAGGAAAUAAGCAUUUGGGAACUGCAGAUUAAAAAAAGGGAAAACCCCAAUUUCUCGCUUCUCAAAGGAAUGAACCUUAUACCUAGCCAAAUAUGUAUGAUAUGAUUCUACUUUGCAUCAUCAGUCAAUACCAUUUGCCUGCAAGCAAGAACUGGUAAGACUACAAAAUAGUCAAAGUAAUAGAAAAUGAAGAAGCUAAAGUGCUCUGGGACUUUAGAAUGCAAACAGACAAAUACCUGCCACAUAGCACCCCAGAUUUAAUUAUCGUUGAAAAGAAAGAUAAGGAAAAAAAAUCUGGAUAGUGGACCUGACCAUACCUGAACACAGCAGUAUAGAAGAAAAAGAACUGGAGAAAAUCACAAAAUACGAAGACCUGCAAAUUGAAGUAGAACGACUGUGACAAAAUAAAGCAGUGAUA